AUGACUGACAUACCAGUUCGCUGUGAGUUGCUGUACAGCCAGUGGAGCUGGCAUCGAGACUAUGCAGGUAGGCCCAAAGCAUAAAGCUGGAAGGGACCGUGACACCGGAGGGGGCAGAAGGCCUGGAAGAGGAGUUGGCAGAGCAAAGUCUGAUGGAGAUGAUCGCCCCAGUGUUGAACACAGAGGUCUACAGCGCACUCGCCCCCAGCCAGCUACGGCUCCCAGUUCCAGCAGGUUCAGACCAGAAGGAUGCACAGUCUCUCUGACAGAUGGGCGUGCACAACAUAGCUUCAGUUUUUCCUUAAACCCGGAGCGCCUGAAACAAGCACGGCAGUAUGUGGAGAGGGCCAUCAAGCAAAGGAAGAUCUUCAUGGUGCAUGGCCCUUACCCCGUGAUCCGGAGGCGCCUGCUUGGCAGGGGUUGGGUGGAGAGAACGUUUCCCAAGUUGCCGAAAGCUGCCUCCAGGCGGGAGCGCAUCCCUGAUGGGGAGCAUGAGGAGGACGGAGAUGACAGUGAUGUGCCUGAUGAUGAUGAAGAAGAGGAAGAGGAAGAGGAGCAGGAUGAUGACUCUGAUGGUACCUAUAGUCUCAUGUCAAGGUUGGUUCGCAACCAGAUCCCUUACUUCAUCUGGACCAACCGGCGUGACGUCAUCGACUGCCGCUUCCUGCGCAAGGACCAGAUGAUGAAUCACUUUGCCAGAGCAGGCACCUUCACCACCAAGGUGGGGCUAUGUCUGAACCUACGAAACCUCCCGUGGUUUGACCAAGCCGAUGCUGAUACGUUUUUCCCACGGUGUUACCGUCUUGGAGCGGAAGAUGAAAAACAUGCCUUUAUUGAAGACUUCCAGCUCACUGCAGCCAGAAGCCUUCUUAAGGUCAUGGUGAAACAAUACUGGAAUGAGCCUUAUUUUAUGGCAGCACCAGAUGCCGAUCAGAAUGAGUCCCCCAAUGACCAGGUGUCCUCAGAAGCCAAGCAGUGCAUCGGUCGGAAGAAAGGGGCCCUUCUCUCAUCGCAGCUGAUUGAGACGGCCAUCCAUGUCUGUGAGGAGCACUUGAACAGCCUGAGGCAUCAAGACAUUGACAGAGAAUCUGGGUCUCCCCUGCUAAUGACAAAGGCACAGUGGGAAGAAUUUCUGCAUGGCUACUACCAAGUAGUGCAUGAAGGGGCGCUUGUGCUGCAAAAGGAGAACUUUGUCAGACGAUGUGAGGAUGUCCUUCACCGGCUGAUGAAGGUCGUCCCACAGCUAGACAUGGAAGGUGACCGGAACAUCUGGAUCGUCAAGCCAGGAGCCAAGUCCAGGGGCAGAGGAAUCAUGUGUAUGGACCACUUGGAGGAAAUUGUGAAGCUUGUGGACUGCGACCCCAUGAUUGUCAAGGAUGGAAAAUGGGUGGUGCAGAAAUACAUUGAGACUCCGCUGCUCAUCUUUGGCACCAAGUUUGACCUGCGCCAGUGGUUCCUGGUGACCGACUGGAACCCUCUGACCAUCUGGUUCUACCAGCAUAGCUACAUCCGCUUCUCCACACAGCCCUUUUCCCUGCGCAACUUGGACACCUCCAUCCACCUGUGCAAUAACUCCAUCCAGAAGCACUACGAGAACUCUCUGAAUCGUCACGCUGAGCUUCCUCCUGACAACAUGUGGUCCUCGGAGCAGUUCCAGGGCCACCUGCGGCAGAUGGGGGCACCAGAUGCCUGGUUAAAGGUGAUUGUGCCUGGCAUGAAAGCUGCAAUCAUUCACGCCAUGCAGACCUCGCAGGACUUGGUAGAGUUCCGUAAGAACAGCUUUGAGCUGUAUGGUGCAGACUUCCUCUUUGGAGAAAACUAUCAACCGUGGCUGAUCGAGAUCAAUGCCAGCCCCACCAUGGCAGCCUCCACUGCAGUCACCACCCGGCUGUGUGCCAGUGUACAGGAGGAUACCUUGCGUGUGGUCAUUGACCGCAAGUAUGAUCGCAGCUGCAACACAGGACACUUUGAGCUCAUCUACAAACAGGCCGCCGUGGAGGUUCCCCAGUACGUUGGCAUUAGCCUUGUGGUGGAAGGCUCCACCGUUAAGAAACCGCGGCCUGCGCUCGUAAGAAGCCCUGUCCCGGCUGACGCAAAGAGCGGCUGCGGCCCACAGCAGCCCAAGGCCCCAAAGGUGAUCUACCGGCACAGGAGCGACAGCGUCCCUCGCGCGCCUACCCCGUGCUGGACAGCACCCAGCAGCAAGACUGCGGAGCCAGCAGCCCCCGGGAAAGAGAACAAAGCCCGAGAGAAGGCGCCCUCCUGCAAGGUCCCCUCUUCCGCAUCGGCGGGACUCAGGCUGCCCGGCAGGCUCAGAGCGGAUCCCCGUAACAGAAGGGUGCUGAUGGCGCACAGCUUGGCCAGUACCACGGUCAUCCCGGGGGACACGGUGCCGUGCCCAGCUCAGCUGUGCACCAAAUCCAGCUCUCAAAAGCUGCCCACUAGUCCGCAGGAGUCCACCCGCCAUCAUGCCAGAGGCACCAAGCUCACCGGUGUGGUGGCGCAGGUGCCCGGAGAGGCAAUCUGCGUGCCAGGCCCGGCUGCCCUCUGCAGACUCCCCCGCCUCUUCUGCAAAGACGGAAAGGCCGUGCCACGCUGGACAGUGCUGUGCUGCCGCUCCAGGGCGGGCCCCCUGCUUUCUGGCGCUCCCAGACUCUGCUACCGCAAGGCAGUCUUCUCUUGCCAGUCGCAGGAUGAGCAGCAGCAGGUCCUGCUGCCUCAUGUACCAGCUUUUGAAAACCAGAUGUCCGUCUUGCCUCGUGUGGGGGGGAAAAGGCUGUGA